AUUGACAAACAGUGCAAAUAGUGUGAUAAGUGAAGUGUCUACGUUUUAUGUACUCUCUUUACAUUUCUCAACAAUAAAAUUCAGUUGAGGACAAAACCCCGUACAUUUACGACUUGUACUUGUAGGAUGAUACUACUUGCACAGUUACACAUUUUAAUAGGUAUGUAAAUAUUCUAUUCCUGGCAAAAUGGAGAAUCCUUACAGAUAUAGCGCUAUGGACAAGACCCUAGAAAUGAUUCAUAAUGAGUACGUAGCUUUACCACAAGAAGAGAAAAAAAGGAACACAGAAAUUUUGCUUGCGCUUUUGAAUGAAAUUAUUGAAGCAUGCAAAAGCAACGAACUUUUUUGCAAUUUAUAUCGUGCUCCUUACUUUGGGGGUAGUUACUAUGAAGGCUUGAAAAUAAAAAGGCCAGAUGAGUACGAUAUUCAUAUUAAGUUGUGUUUUCCCGCUGUAGAUAACUGUCAGAUGAUUUCAAGUUAUAAAAGUGGAUAUGUGCACCUACAGUUUUCAAGAACCAGAAAUAACAGUCGAAAAUUGUGGAAUAGUCGGCUUGGUAUACGACGCCCGUAUUACGGAAUGAAUGGUCUACAUGUACUGAUAAACGAAAGUGACUUUCUAGAUAGUAAAAAGGUAAUGUUAUGGAUGCAUGAAAUCUUAUCCAAGUGGGUAGGGGGCCGCAGGAGAAGAAAAGCUCGUGUUGUUUGGAAAGAUACAGCUUUCGGAACAUUACAGAUAAAACUCCAAAGACACGGUCCUGCAUUUACUUUCCGCGUAACUAAUUUUGAAGACAUAUUUUUCAACUUUGACUUCGUUCCUUGCUUUCUAUUUGGAAAAGACCAGUGGCCUGAAGGAUUUAGACAAUACCAUGAGGAACCUGAAAAGUGUGAGUUCUAUGUCAUACCAAAGUCUCCCAAUAAUAUUCGAGGUGGAACAGCAUACUUACGUACGUCGUUCCAAGAGCAAGACAGGCAUAUUCUGUACAGUAAAGAAAAAUUGAAACCUGCCUUGAGAUUAAUUAAAAAAUUGCGAGAUAAGUUGAAAAUUGAAAAUGCCAUUGUGAGUUUUUUCAUUAAAAAUUUAUUUUUAUGGGAGGUACUUACACGAAGAGUAGAAUUUUGGAACCUUCCUCUCAGUUACAUUUUUAUGAAGAUGUUAGAAAAAUUGCAAAAAAGUAUAAAAUAUGGAGAAAUACGUUACUUCUGGCACCAUAAAUUCAAUCUCAUAGGACAUAUAGAUAAUGAAACUUUAUAUGACAUUAGCGAGACUUUAAGACAUAUCAUUAUUGACAUAAAGAAUAAUCCGGAUGACCAGUACUUAAUUGCUAAAUAUUUAUUAAGUCGAAGUGAACUGAAGAGAUUUAGAUCCAUGGUGUCUAUACAAGAACAAAUCUAAUUAAUUCAUUAACUUUGUUCGCGGUUGUAAGAGUUCGCAAACUAAUUUGAGCAACGGACAGAAUAGUAUGGGAUGUUAUUACUACGUAAUUGUUGCACCGCGAAUAAAGCUAUUCUUAGGUACUGUAAACAGGGGCAAAAGCAUUUACAAAAAAAACAAAGGACAACAACGGAUUCGAUAUAAGUCGUCAAGAUAGUAGUCGAAUUUACCUGACGUCACCAGCAUUUCUUUGUAAAUAAUACUUAUGUUAAGACCUUUAAUAUUUGAUUCAAUAAAUGGUACAGUAUGAUAUGUUAUACAUAUACUGAU